GAGAGAAACAUGGGUGGUGCAGUUGCAGACGUAGAUACCCUUCACAUAGCCAUGUACCCGUGGUACGCCAUGGGCCACCUCACACCCUUCCUUCACAUCUCCAACAAGCUUGCCGAGAGAGGCCACAGAGUCUCCUUCUUUCUGCCCACCAAAACCCAGUCCAAAUUGAACUCCAACAACCUCCACCCCAAUCUCAUCACUUUCAUUCCGGUCGUCGUUCCCCAUGUCGACGGCCUCCCCCCCGGCGCCGAGACCACCGCCGACGUCCCUCACUCUUUGCAUAGCCUCAUCAUGACCGCCAUGGACCUCACGCAGCCCGAAAUCGAAGCAUCUCUCCGUCAGCUCAAGCCUCACAUCGUUUUCUUCGAUUUUGCCUACUGGGUACCAGCUUUAGCUCGUAGCCUCGGCAUCAAAUCCAUCCAUUACUGCAUCAUUAGCCCUGUAACCAUCGGAUACCUACUAUCCCCUUCUCGGAAUAAUAUUUCCGACGUCGACUUAUAUGAAUCCAGCUUGAUGCACCCACCGCCAGGCUUCCCAGCUGCAGCCAUUAAACUCCAUAGUAACGAAGCUAGACGUUUGGCUUUGGUAGCAAACAUUGAAUACGGAAAGGGUAUCACAUUCUACGAGCGCCAAAAUAUUGCUUUAAGCGACUGUGACGCCCUCGCCUUCAGGGCCUGUAGAGAGAUAGAGGGCUCCUACUGCGAUUACCUCGAGACCCAAUUCCGAAAGCCAGUGCUGGUGUCCGGAUCAGUCGUGCCAGUGGCGCCCAGAGAUGGGCUGGAGGAACGAUGGGUCAAGUGGCUGGGUGGGUUCGAGGCAAACUCUGUUGUGUACUGCGCUUUCGGAAGCGAAUGCAUCUUGAGUCUCGAUCAGUUCCGGGAGCUGGUAAUGGGUCUUGAGCUCACUGGGUUGCCGUUUCUUGCAGCUCUAAAACUACCCAUUGGGACUGAUACGAUUGAAGCUGCAUUGCCGGAAGGGUUCGAAGAGAGAGUCGGAGGAAGAGGAGUUGUUCAUGGGCAGUGGGUGCAGCAGCAGCUGAUCCUGGAGCAUCCGUCGGUGGGUUGCUUCGUGACACACUGCGGCUCUGGUUCUCUGAUGGAGUCCUUGGUGAACAAGUGUCAGGUGGUGCUGUUGCCGCACAUCGGGGACCAGAUACUGAAUGCGAGGAUGAUGGGCGGAGAUCUGAAGGUCGGGGUGGAGGUUGAGAAAGGAGGAGACGGGCUGUUCACGAGGGAGAGCGUGUGCAAGGCGGUGAAGAUGGUGAUGGAUGAAGACAGUGAGAUUGGAAGAGAGGUGAAAGCUAACCAUAAGAAGUGGAGAGAUUUCUUCCUUACAGAAGGGAUUGAGUCGUCCUACAUUCAGAACUUCGUUCAUGGCCUGCAAGAUCUGGUGCAGUCAUCUGGAUCUCCUCAGUUGAACUCCAACGUCAAUGAAUAGGAAAUCAAAUUAAGGAUGGGACAGAAUUUUUUUCUGUCCGAAGGAAUAAGAAUCAAACACGUCCCGAUGCCAGCACUUAAGGAUUCUAUCUCUCUCUCUCUCUCUCCCUUCUUCCUCCCCUCUCAUAUCUACUUCCACCCUUCUCUUAUGAAUAAAGAUAAACGUUUGUUGGGGUUUUUGGUGAA